UGUGGACGAAAAAUCAACGCCUUUCGUCGGUUUGUGCACAGUCGAGAGCGAUGACGGCCAAUAUAUCUGGUCAAACGAGUUGUAAAAUUCAGUUGGCCAGCGACACUUCUCCCAAUAGGUGCGUAUGACGUUUGUUCAGGUGUGGCUGGACUGCAUGUCGUGUUCUGCGCCAGCCCUUUCGACGGCUGUCGUUAUUACGUGUUCGACCGAGUGAAGUGAGAAAUCGACGGAAUCGAGAGUCGAGUGCCAGCCAGCCAAACCUUUUGAAAAAUGGGAUGGAAAAGUUCACUGGCUAUUCAUUUGGGAUUUUGGUUUUAUCUGGUCGGAGGCGGAGCAAUUUAUUUCUACAUUGAAGACCCGUACUAUCACCUCCCCGCGCCGCCAAAACUGAAGACGAUCAAUGCCACUUUCUGUCAAAACCUGGUGAAUUAUACUGUUGACAAUUACGCAACGAAUAACCGUGUGGCUGUGCCGCUUCAACACAACCACUCAGAUGAAGCGUGGUUCAAGUUACUAAACGAUUCCUGCCACAACCUGACAAAUUUGGAAAAAGACGGAAACAAUCCCAGUCAAGACGUUGCCUGGGAAUUCUCAAGUGCGCUGUUUUUGUGCAUGACAAUUCUCACCACCAUCGGUUAUGGGGAGUUGAGUCCCAAAAGUUGCUGGGGAAAAGUCUUUUGCAUAUUUUACGGCUUCAUCGGAAUUCCGAUAUUUGGAAUAGUCCUGGCUUCGACUAGCAACUACUUUAGCGCCGGUUUUCUGCACCUGUACGAACGACGACGAUCUAAGCUGCAAAAAGAUAAGUGGCACGACAUUUUUAUCGCAGCCACCGCCUUUCUUCUUCCCGGACUGGCUGCCUUCCUUUUCAUUCCGGCCGGAAUUUUCGUUUACUUGGAGGGCUGGUCCUAUUUGGAUGCGACAUAUUUCUCCUUUAUAACGCUGACGACGGUCGGAUUUGGAGACAUUGUUGUUGCCCAGGAAACGAAUUUCUCGCAAUUGUGGAUUUACCGGAUUUGCUGGAUUAUCUGGGUCAUGUUGGGCAUCGCUUAUUGGGCCAUCAUCAUUUCUUUCAUCACGAAGGCUCUCAAGUCGAAAAAAUUGAGGCAAAAAUGGGAAGAAACCAGUUUGAAACUCACUGAGCAAGCGCGGCAAAUGAUUGAACAUCAACUCGCAACCAACGGCCACAAUAGAGGCUCAUUUGUUGCAUUUAAAUCCAAAGCGGUCUUUGAUUUCGCUCUGCAACUCACGGGCUCCAUGGGGAAUGUGCGAGCUGAACUGGAGCGGCAUCCUCUUCCUGGCUUGGCAACGGCCUUCAAACCGGCCGUGCCCGGUCGUGGAUUACUUUCUCUAGUCGAGCUGUCGGUCAAAACACUGGGCCACAGAAAAGGACAAGAACAACAACAACCAGUUGAAAUCCCUGCUGCACCGGUUCCUGUCCUUGCCGAAGACCAAGUUCAAAUGUCGCCGCAAACUAGUGUCAAAUCUCGGCCGUUACUCGUCAACACCCACUCGUCCAGCAUGGACUCGGGUUUUGAUGAUGAUGAAAUCAACAGCAGCUCGUCUCCAGGGUGUUAUUCGAGGCAACUGUCUAAAACAAACAGCAACUGUUCACUUCCUUACACGUCCGAGCAAAAGUCCAGGGCAAUCCUAAGUAAAUGGAAGUCGUUCACUCGCAGCCAAACCGAACCCGAAUUAAAACAUCAAACCUUGUCAAUAACUGGACGCCAAACUUCACUUCGACAACUCCUCAUGGAAGCCGUACUCAUCUUGGAAGAAGCUGAAGUGAAAGAAGCGGCCUUAAACAAUCAAUCAGACGAAUAACAAUUUCUAUUUGAAUUCAUCGCCCAUAAGAGUAUACCUCGCAGUAACUAUCUAGAUUUGUUACUCAAAUGACUAGGGAUUGACAUUCAAAUUCAAAAGAUAAACUUUGCUCCUUUAUUCAUGGUGAAAUAUAUAGACAGUAUCUGAUUAUUAA